AUGGCUAUGAAAAGAAAAUGCAGUGCUUUUUUCCUCUCAGCGUCAAGUGAUCAACCAACUUUCUUCGUGAGAAUCAGCUUCAAUUUUGCGUGGAGGCAUUUCUGCUACAUGUCGGAACUCUUCAAACACAGUCUCUCGGAUUUGCUGAUAGAACAAAGAAACRAUCUAGUGUACCUGGUACCGAGUUCUCGAAUUAAAUACGUUAACAAGAACAAGGAGUGUGUGCAAGGUAACGACAACAUCAAGAAAGCUGCUGUUGACUUCUACAUUGGUGUUCAUUCCAACGAGAAGAAAGUUGAUCGGAAGAUGACAGAGCGGGCGUUCGACAUAUUGUAUCAUUUCUGGGAGGCUAAGAGGAUGGUGCURCUUGGACCUAUGUUUGUGCAAAAGGUCGAAAAGGUUGAGCUACUCGGCAAAGAAGCACACAAAACAACAAAAGGGUUGAAUGAGACUGAGCGUAUCGGGAUUGGAGUGGGGAUUGGCCUUGUUUUGACCUUUGUAGUCGUUAUCUGCUAUUUGAUGAUGUAUUUCAAAGGCAAAUUGUCGCGAUUCAAGAGUAAAUCCAAUGAGUGCGCAGCACGACGGGAUUUCGUCUCCAGAGGAGACUCCUUUAUCAGCAAAACUACCACUACACUGAAYGAUCUUGAUUUUGAUGGACAAGAGCAAAUGCCUGAAGUUGAACUGAACAGGCCAGAGACGCCUGAGGCCUGUAUGGAAAAAACGAGUGUCAUCACAUUCUAAUUUUACUAAUCACACUGCUAAUACAUGCAAGGUCGUAAGUCUAUAUGACAUUCAUUGCUAUCAUAGGUAUCACAGGCAGCCCAAUCUAUGCAAUAUAGUGUAGGUUCCUUUGAGAAGAGGACACUGGAAGCAACAGACAUAAAACGCUCGAUAUUGAAGCAAAUGACCUGAAACUCCACAGA